GCCUGCCACCGCCUGGGCCGCCGCCACCGCUCUCGCCGCCAGGUCUCAGUGCCGACGCUGCAGCCAUGGCCUAUUGCCGGCAGGAAGGGAAGGAUCGAAUCAUAUUUGUGACCAAAGAAGACCAUGAAACUCCAAGCAAUGCAGAGAUGGUGGCUGAUGACCCCAACGAUCCGUACGAGGAGCAUGGAUUGAUCCUGCCAAAUGGAGACAUUAACUGGAACUGCCGGUGCCUUGGGGGAAUGGCCAGUGGCCCUUGUGGGGAACAGUUCAAGUCGGCCUUUUCCUGCUUCCACCAUAGCACAGAGGAUGUCAAGGGGUCAGACUGUGUAGACCAGUUCCUGGCCAUGCAGGAAUGCAUGCAGAAAUACCCGGAUCUGUAUCCCCAGGAGGAUGAGGAUGAGAAGGAGGAGGAGGAGGAGGAGGAGGAGGAGGAGGAGGAGAAGCCAGCAGAAUGUUUAGAAGAGACAGCUCCUACUGAAGCCACUGCAACCAAAGAAGAGGAGAGGUCAAGCUAAUGAAGACCAUAAGGCACUGGGCUCCAGUCCUCCUUCAGAGUAAUAUGAACCUUUUGUAAGAUGCCUUUUGGUCAUUCUUCGAGAAAGUGUCUUUCCCUCUGUUGUUCUGUGCACUAUAAUGUACAAAAUAACUUAUUUUGAUGAUCAGGGGUCUUCGUCCUUUGACAUAUACACUGGAAAAAAUGUAUGUGUGCCUCACAUAAACCUAUCAGCAAAUGUAGCUGUCACUUUUGAAUGCUCAGAUUAUCCUGAAUUUUUCCUCUUUGAAAUAAUGUACUGACUAUGCUCAGCAACUAAAAAUCAUUAUCUGGGA